AGUGUUGUUCAUAAAAAUGGAAUCCCUUAACGUUGUCCUGGAGGAUAUCAUUACAGAAUGUGGUGGCUUUGGUAGGUUCCAGUAUAUUGUCAUCGCUGUGGCUUUUCUGGUGAAAGUGACGUGUGCAUGGAGUAUCCUGAUGAUGCAGUUUGCCGGAUCCACCCCGGAAUGGUGGUGCACGUGGACCACAAAUACUUCACUUGACUACUUCGGUAAUACGAGUUUGGAGGACAUGAAGGUGUGUAAACCACUAGCAAAUCAAUCUGCCACAGGACAAUGUUCAGAUUUUCGAUUUUCAUCAGAAAUUAAGACCAUCGUUAACGAGUGGGCGUUGAUCUGUGAUAAGGACUGGGUGACGUCCACCAUCACCACUAUUCAAAUGGGCGGACUGUUAGUCGCCGGUCUUCUGUCCGGACAUUUGGCGGACACAUUCGGCCGGAAGUUAACCUUCUUCCUCUCUUUGGUUGUCAUGAUGAUAGGGAAUUUCAUAGCUGCCUUUUCCGUCUCGUGGCAGAUGUUUGCUGUCUUGAGAUUUGUGAUCGGGUUCGGUGCCGGACAGUUUUUGGCUACGUUAUAUAUUUACAUGAUAGAGUUUAUUCCUAAGAAACAUCGGUCACUAAUUGCAGCUCUACCAACCUUCCCAAUAUUUGCAGCCGUGUUAGCCCUAGUCUCCUACCUGAUAAAGGACUGGAGACAUUUACACUUUGUGACCGCUGCCUUGACCUUGCCGUCAUUAUUGGGAAUUUUCGUAAUCCCAGAGAGUUUUCGGUGGUUAGCUUCCCGCUUCAAAAUAAAACAGGCGGGGAAAGUGAUAAACAAGAUAGCUUGGAUGAACGGAUGUCCGCCACCAGACGUCAGCAAAAUCCAGCAAGCCUUACAGAACAAAAACAAACUCAAAGACAGGAAAUAUUCCGUCAUUGAUAUAUUCCGAGAGAAAUAUUUACUUAAAAGGACAGUGUUGCUGUGGUUUUGUUGGAUAUCCUGUGGUUUUUCCUACUACGGACUGGCUUUUGGAGUUGGUCAGCUAUCAGGGAGUCUCUAUAUCAACAUGUUCCUUCUGUCUGCAGUAGAAAUCCCCGGAACCUUUAGCACGUGGUGUCUCACCAACCAGUUUGGGAGACGAUGGACAUGUUUGGUUCUGCUGUUAUUGUCAUCUUUAGGCGGCUUAGCAACGGGAACUGUCCAAACUUUAGAUCCUGAAUCUGUUCCAAACCACGGUCUGAUUGUCACUGCCCUUGCUAUUACUGCCAAACUUGCCAUUUCCGCAGCCUGGACGUCCAUCAUCACCAUGACAACAGAAUUAUACCCCACCGUCAUCAGGAACAUUUCUUACGGAUUUUUCAGUGCUGUCUCACGAGUGGGUGCGAUGGUGGCCCCACAAGUUAUUUUCCUUAGCAAGACAAUUCCUGGUCUAUUGUAUUUCGUGAUCGGGAGCACUUUGCUGGUCUCUAGUGUGUUUGCCUUUCUUCUUCCGGAAACUAAAGGGCGCCCUCUGGAGGACCAUGUUGUGGUUGAAGAGUCUGUCGAACAAAUGCAGCUUAUAGCAAAUAGCCAAAGGGAAAAUGAUGAGAUAAACACUUAAAACAAUGAAUGUCAAUGUGCAACGUAUCAGUUUAAUUACAAUUAGUGAAAUAGAUGAAUGUUUGUCUGACCCCCGAGAUUUAUCGUUGAACGGUAGAUCAAAUCACCGUGUAUUUAAAAAAUAUCAGCAUUCUAUUUCAUCACCACGGCCAAAAAAGUCAAUAUCCUUUCUCUGAGAUAAGUGUAAUAAACAAAGGGAUCUACUAUAAACGUAUUAACAUUUUAAACUCUGUAGUUUACUCUCGUUUUUACAUUCUCGUCACAAAUGGUGUUUUUCAUAUUCACAUUGGAAGGGAAAUAAUAGGAGUAUUUGAUGAGAUUAAGCUUCAGAGCAUGUUAAAUCCAUGCAAAAGAAAAUUCAGCAAAGUAUUAUUUUAUUAAGAUAAAAGAGAAAACAAAAAUAUAUGUAUCUGACGGGUGAUACAUGUGUUGCCAUUUACCGGGAUCUUUUUCAUGUGUUAAAUAUGCAAUACCUCUAACUUUUUUUCAUGUGUUAAAUAUCCAGUACCUCUAACGUGUAUGUGUUAAAUAUCCAGUAUCUCUAACUUCUUUUCGUGUGUUAAAUAUCCAGUACUUCUAACUUUUUUUCGUGUGUUAAAUAUCCAGUACUUCUAACUUCUUUUCGUGUGUUAAAUAUCCAAUACCUUUAACUUCUUUUCGUGUGUUAAAUAUCCAGUACCCCAAACUCUUUUUCAUGUGUUAAAUAUCCAGUACCUCUAACGUGUAUGUGUUAAACAUCCAGUACCUCUAACGUGUAUGUGUUAAACAUCCAGUACCUCUAACGUGUAUGUGUUAAACAUCCAGUACCUCUAACGUGUAUGCGCUGUUUGCGUGAUUGGCAUUCUCUUCAGGCAGUCGUUUUGCUAGACAUGGAUCUUAUGAUGAAGGAAGAAUGCAUAGUGUGGGUCACGUGUUAACAUGGUUACCCGUGUAGAUGGAUGUAGGGCAGUGCACUGGAAUUAAGACCGCUAUAGAUGGGUUUGGGGUAGGCUGUCGGUAUCACUACCUUUUGUAGAUGUGUUGUGGAUAAUCUGAUAGUAUCACUAACCUACGUAUACGACUUUAGGGUAGGCUUAUUUUGUAGAACUACUUUCUAUAGAUGUAUUUGGGUAAUUUUGUUAGUAUCACUAAAUUGAGUAGAUAUGUUUGUAGUAGUUUUUAUUUAGUAUCACUGCCCUAUGUAGCUACGUUCGGGUUAGUUUUUAGUAUAAUUACUUUGUUUAUUAUCAAUACUUUGUGUAAAGUCGUUUAAGGUCAUUUUUCUUCAGUAUCACUACUCAGUGUAGAUGUGUUUGGAAUAAUAAUUUUUGUUAGUAUCACUACUUUGUUUAGUGUCACUACCCUGUGUAGAUGCGGUUAGGGUCGUUUUUAAGGAUCACUUUUGUUAGCAUCACUAUUGAAAAGAACUAAAGGUUUCUUCGUUUGUCAGUCUGUCUGUCCAACUAACGUUUUUCUGUCUGUCUGCCCCACUAACAUUCUCUAACAGUCUUUUCUGUCCCACUAGCUUUUCCACACUUUUUGUAACUUAAGAAGCUGAAAGUUGGUAUGUAGUUUACGAUUGCAGGUUUACAGAUUCAGAAAUGUCGUUUCAUCACAAUUGAGUGAUUUUUGCGAGAUUUAUGGGACUUUGUGUCUGAUACAUGUAUAGUUCGCAUUUUUCACCAUGCUUCAAUUCGUUUAAGGAAGCUGAAAUUUGCAGUUGGUUUGUUGUUUACAACUGUUUGUUGAUAGAUCGAGUGUGUUUUAUUUGAAUGUUGAAUGGUUUUUUUGUAGGUUUAUGGGAUGUUGUGCCGAAUAUUGUUUUCCGAAUCAUUUUCCACUAUGAUCUAACUUGGGAAUCUGAAAUUUGAUAUGUGGUUACCUGAUGAGAAUAUGUGAUUUACUAAUAUACGGUUACCAAUCAACUUUUAAGUUUCGUCACAUUAGACUGGUGUUUUUUCUUUUACAAAUUCAUGCGACCUUAUGCCAAAUGUAGUUUCCAGACUUUAUUCUACAAUGCCUAAGUUAAGGAAUGUGAUUUUAUGUGGUUAUUGAAUUACUAGAUGUACUUUAAGUUUCACUCUGGUUACAGUUGAAUUAUUCUUUUAAAAUUGUUACACUUAUCCUCAUGGUUGACAGAAUUAAGUUCUAUACUAUAUCUUAUAUUUCAUAUAAUUUGUGAUCAAUCUCAUAACUCCUGUAAUUUGAUAUUCAUAAUCUAAUGUAUAUCAAUUUGUUAUCGAGUCCUUCGGAUUCGCUGCAUCUAUGUAUGAGAUCUAGAAAAUAUAACUACUUCCUGGUAUUACAUAUAUGAUAUCCACUCUCUCUUCCAAUCUACCAAUAUACAUGUUCUGCAUAUAAUAACUUCGCUUAAUAACUUGGGGCGCCAGUAGGGGACGUGUAUUUCUUUCAUAGUAAUCUCAGAAUAUUUUUUUAGUGUUACUACAUUGCGUAGAUACAUUUCUGUAAUUAAUUCAGUCUCACUACUAGUACCCUGUAUAAAUCCCACCUCUGGUAUAUCCAGGGGUCCGAUUUUGCCCAACUCUCUAUUUUGUAUUGCAUAUAGGAGUUAUCAGAUUGACCACUGUUCGUUAUCUUAACCUUUCAUGCAUUUGGGGUAGUUUUUAUCACUGCUUUACUUAGUAUCAUUGCCUUUCAUUGAUGUCUUUUUGCAGUUUCUUGUCCAUAUCAGAUUGCUAUUUCGAUUUGAGAUUGCUAUUGGGUAGCUCGUUCAGUAUUACUAAUCUGUAAUGAUGGGGAUUGUGGUAGGUUUUUAAUUCCACUACAAUUAAACCAUACUUCAAGUGGAUAUUUAUGUAUUCAAGCAUUUAGAAGAAGCAUUCUAUUUCUUUGAUAUUUGGGCGAUGUUUUAUCAAAACAUAUCAUUAAUUAAAAUCUAGAACAUUA